UCCGACUGUAGCUGUGUCACUGUGUUAUGAUGCCAUCUCGUACCAACCUGGCUACUGGAAUCCCCAGUAGUAAAGUGAAAAACUCAAGACUCUCCAGCACAUCUCCAGAUGAUGGCUACAUUGACCUUCAGUUUAAGAGAAGCCCUCCUAAGGUUCCAUAUAAGGCCAUUGCGCUUGCUACAGUACUGUUUUUGAUUGACACCUUUCUCAUCAUCAUAGGCUCCCUCCUGCUGGCGGGCUAUAUCAGCAAAGGGGGGGGGGGGGCAGAUCAGGCCGUUCCUGUUCUGAUCAUUGGCAUCCUGGUGUUCCUGCCAGGGUUUUACCACCUGCGCAUCGCUUACGAUGCAUCCAAAGGCUACCGGGGUUACUCCUACAAUGACAUUCCAGACUUGGAUGACUAGCACCUACCUUAGCCCUGAGGGGCAGAGUCAGAUGGGACUGAGCUCAGCUUUAAGAUACUGAGCAGAAACUAUAGCUUAGGGCUAAGGAAUUCUGCAGGUUGCAGAUGCUUAACAAAACAAUGGCCAUGUUUUAUGGGUCCAUCCCAAGAGCUUACAAUUAGCUAAUUAGGGCAUGCUUUAUAUUUCAUGUCCUGGCCCUGACAAAAAGCUGACAAGUUUUUCCACAUGAACCUGUAUCAUGGAAGAAUAGCAAUGUUAAUUGGAGAAAGUGGGAGGCUACUCUGCAGUGGGAAGUGUUGCUGCCACCACCCUUUUUAGAGUUGAGCAUUUCUUUUAAAUAGUCUUUAUUAUCAGUUUGUUCUUGUGGUAAAUGGAAGACUGCAGUAUGUCGAAUUUCUUAUUACUAAGUAAUUUAUUUUGAAAAUACGUGAGUAUCUUACCCCCUGUUCUAGUGGAAGACCUUGGCAAAAUCAAAUAUUAGUGUGGGUGCAUCUGAAAUAUUUUUCACUUGCUUUCUUAUUCAGAGCAAUCAGGAAUUUUAAACCUCAGAGCAAGUUUUCAAAAUGUAAACACUUCCUCUGCUCACCAUUCCUUGGCCAGCACUGAUCUGGCUCACAAUUAGGUUGGGCACCAUAUAAUUUGGGCAAUUCUGUCCUUUAUA